AUGGCGCAAGCAGCGGUUGAAGCGAUGCCGGGGGAGAAGCCCGAGGUGGUGGCUCACACUGGCAAGAAUGAGCAAGAAGCGCUGCCCCGGAAAGUAGCGGAGAUGCUGACGUCUGAAGAAUCGUCAAUACCAACAGCAACGUCAACCUCGGCGACAUCCUCCGAACCAGCCACCCUCCCCCUCACCCAAUCCUCCUUGAACCCCCUGGCGAGCUCAACCUCCAUUCCUCCCCCCUCCAACUCGGCAGACCUAUCCGGUGGCACGCCAAAGCUCGCACGCCGGUCCUCACAGUUCCACUCUUCCCGGCCCGCUCCACCAUCACCGGUCCCGUCCCGGCGAGCCUCCCAAAUCAACUCUCCAGCCCUAUCCCACCGAGACCGCGCAUCCUCCACAUCGUCUUCUGCGGGGCAUGGCAAUCUCGGCGCGAGCUCGAGCUCUUCGGGUGGUGCUGGCUCUAGCGGGGGCCUGGGCCGUAAGCUGAGCUUGAGCCAGACGAACCAGAGCGCCGGGCUGAGCAGCCGGAAUAGUAUUGCCAAGAACCGGCCAAGGAGCAGUCUGGGCACGGCGAUGUAUACGGGCGGCGGGGAUGAUGGUGGGAUCACUGGUCUAGGCCUCAAGGAAAAGCAAAUAUCGCAUUCUGCUCCCUCGCCUUCCCCUUCGCAACCCUCUGCUCUCGCUCAGUCGUCCGGAACGGAACCGCCAGCGUCGGCCGGCAGCACCUUAUCGCCCAAGGCGUCGUCCGCCUUCUCGACGACCAUCGCGCACAACGAGAGCAGUACUGCCGACUCAACCUCCAUCUCGCCUACUAGCCUUCCCGCCUCCCCGGAGGCUUCACGUAAACCCUCCAUCACACCCCUCGUCAUCCGCGACUACGCCUUUCCCGCCUCGGACGACCGGUACCACGGUAUCCGCCUCCCAAUCCCCGCUGCCGAGUCGUCCUCUUCCUCCCGGCUCUCCUCCUUCCUCGCGUCGACUGUCUCUCAAUCGGACCGACGCAGCUCCUCGGCCGGCGAGAACAAGCGGGAUAAGGAGAAGGGAUGGAGUUUCUCCAUGCUCAACUGGCGGGGCUUCAUGGGCCGGAAAUCGCGCUCCAACUCGCGCUCGGACUUUGCCAGCUCUGGCCCAGCGGAGGAUGGGAGCGCUAUCGCGGAUGCAGAGUCCGAGCCGGACAUCACGGCGACGGGCGGCGGGGCGGAGGAUGAUUAUGCAUUCGAGAGCAGUAGCGAGGAUGACGAGGAGCCGUAUGGGCUGUACAGGGCCGCAUACGCGUUCGAGGCGGAGGGAGAGCACGAGAUCUCGCUGGAAGAAGGGGAGGUGGUGGAAGUCAAGGGGAGAGGAGGGGGUGAGGGGUGGGUCAUUGCUGUAAAGCUGAAGAAGAAGGAUGGGGCGGGGGCGACGGAUGAGGGUGGUGGGGAAGGGAAGGAUAUGGUGGAGGGACUAGUACCCGAGGGGUAUUUGGAAAAGGUGGAUGAAGAGGAAGUGAGGACGGGGUUGAUACAUGCCGGAUACCACAGUGGGCAGAGGCGGACGGUGGCCCCGGAUGGGAUUAGUGAGGAGCCAGAGGAGACGAGCGAUCUGGAGACUGGUGCGGGGCGAUAG